AGCACACGGUGCUAAGCUGACUUUUGUAAAGGAUUGUAAGAUUUAACAAGAAUUUUUCAUAUUAUCCCAUUUGUUCCUCACAACAGCCUUGUAGAGUAUUGUUAUGCCCAUUUUACAGAUGAGGAAGCAGGCUCAGAGAUUGUGACUUGCCCACAGUCACACAGCUAAGUAGAGACAGAUAACUAGAGAUUUAGAGAAACCGAAAUUGGCCAGGACUGCCCGCACGGAGACCUUGGCCAGGACAGAAAGAUUAGGUUAGGUUUCAGGUCCUGGUGGGGGUUGGGGAGAGGGGUGCUUUCCAGGUGUGUGGAUUUGAAGGGCACCUUUCCUCCCAUCCCCCCACCCCCCACAAAAAGGCUCCUGGAAGUUUGGAAAGUACUUCCCGGUUUGGCCCGGGCCAGGUGGGCAGUGGCUGGGACUCUCCGCCUCCUGACCGGCCUCCUGUCCCGUGUCCCCAUCCUGGCUGUUGUGGAAAUAGCCCGCCCAGCACCCACCUACCCGAGGCAGUCAGCGGGGCGCACCCGACCCCGCCCCCCCGCCCGCAGUUUUAAGCGCCUGAGCCUCAGUGACCCCCAUCCUGGCGCGCGGCAGGCCCUCGCCCCAAAGCUCCCCCCAGCCCCCGCCUCUGCCCCUCCCCCGUCGUCCCCCCUCGCAGACCCCUCUCCCAACCCCGCCCUCGACCGGAGCAGGAGCCCCGCAGCUGCAGCUGCCCGAGCCAGAGCGCUCCGCUUCCAAGCUGCUCGGUCCACUCUUCCGUCUCAGUCCCGCCGCGGUCGGAGCCGGAGUCGGAGCCGGGCCAGCUGCAGGUGUCCGAGUCAUGGAGCGGCCCUCGGGGAAGGAACUCGCCCUGGCGCCACUCCAAGAAUGGGGCGAAGAGGAGGUGGACGGAGCCGUGUACAAUGUCACCCUGCGGAGGCAACGCAGCCAGCGGCCUGGCCCGAGUCGGGGCCGAGGAAGGGGGCGGGGCCAGGCUCCGGAUCCUGGGCGUUCUGAAGACUUCGUGCACUACCGCACGUGCAAAGUUCGGGCGCUGCGCGCAGCGCCCCUGGAGCGGCUGGUACUAGAGUUGGUCCGUGGGGAUCACGAACAGGACCCGGCCUUUGUUCCCGCCUUCCUGGCCACGCACCGGGCCUUCGUCCCCACCGACCUUGUACUGGGUCUCUUGUUGCCGCGGGCCCCAAGACCCCAAGGGGAAGGAUUGCAGGAGCCAGGCCAAGGCCCCUUGGAUCUGAGCCAGGAGCAGGAGGCCAGGGCUUUGGUCUCUGUGCUGGGCUCCUGGCUGCUGGAUCACCCCCAAGACUUCAGAGAUCCACCUGCCCACUGCAGCCUGGUCCGGGUCUGUGCCUUCCUGAGUUGGGCUGCCCCCGGGGGGCCAGAAAGCCAAGAAGCUGAAAGGCUGCUGAAGCACUUCCAAGAGGAGGAAAGCGAGGAGGUGGCCAAGAAGCUCCAGGAGGAGGAAGAGGGGGCCGAGGAGGCCCCAGAGCUGCCAGAGCCCUCCCACCAUGAGUCUCCAGGCCCAGAAAACCCCCUGGAAGAGGAAGAAGAGCAUGUAAAGAAGGGCCCAGAGCUACUGGAUUUCAGUGUGGAUGAGGUAGCUGAGCAACUGACCCUGAUGGACAUGGAACUUUUUUCUCGAGUAUGCCUUUGGGAGUGCCUGGGCUCUGUGUGGUCUCACAGGGACAAAGCAGGGGGCCUCGGGACUGCCCCUUCUGUCCGAGCCACUGUGGCCCAGUUCAAUGCAGUAACCAGUUGUGUCCUGAGCUCUGUGCUGGCAGGACCAGGACUGUCCCCACCCCAUCGGGCCCAACGCCUGGAGAAGUGGAUUUUCAUUGCUCAGCACUGUAGGAAGCUGAGAAACUUUUCGUCCCUCAGGGCUAUCCUUUCAGCACUGCAGUCCAACCCAAUAUACAGACUCAAGAGGAGUUGGGCGGCUGUGAGCCGGGAACCUCUGUCCAUAUACCGGAAACUCUCCAAUAUUUUCUCUGAUGAGAACAAUCACCUUAACAGCCGAGAGAUUCUCUCCCAGGAAGAAGCCCCCUUAUCCUCCCCUGAAGAGGAGACCGCUCCAGGAGUCCUUCCAUUGAAAGUGCCCCCUGGUCCUAUCCCCUACCUGGGCACCUUCCUCACUGACCUUGUCAUGCUGGACACAGCCCUGCCUGACCUAUUGGAGGGAGAUCUUAUCAACUUUGAGAAACGUCGUAAGGAGUGGGAGAUCCUGUCCCGGAUCCAGCAUCUCCAGCGUCGCUGUGGGAGCUACAGCCUGCCGUCGAGACCACCUGUUCUUGCCGCCUUCCGUGCCCAGCGUCCGCUCAGCGAGGAGCAGAGUUACCGCCUGUCCCGGGUUAUCGAGCCCCCAGCUGCCUCCUGUCCCAGCUCCCCCAGAAUCCGGAGAAGGAUAAGUCUCACUAAGAGGCUUAGUGCGAAGCUGUCUCGGGAAAGGGGCUCCUCUCCCAGCCACCAGCCUGGGGACCCCCCCUCUCCCAGUCCCAGUCUCCCUUCAGGUUCCUACCCACCAAGCCCUGGAGAUGGGGACCCCCUGACCCUGAGCCCUCCUCCAUCCCCAGGGGCAACUGGUCUGGGCCACAAGGGCGCCCUGGAGCUGCCUCUGGGGACGGAAGCUCCAGAGCUGCUGCAGGCCCCGGCCUCCCCAGGGAGCAGUGCUCGAGCCCCCCACCCCGGGCAGCAGCCCCCAGAGGCCUGUGUCAUCAGAGUCAGCAUUGACCACGACCCUGGGAACCUCUAUCGGAGCAUCUUGCUCACCAGCCAGGACAAAGUUCCAGGUGUAGUUCUGCGAGCCUUACAGAAGCUGCACCUCGAGCAGCCACAGCCCCGUGACUAUCAGCUGUUCCAGGUCCUGCCUGGGGACCGGGAGCUCCUGAUCCCAGACAACGCCAAUGUGUUCUAUGCCAUGAGCCCAGCUAGCCCCGGGGAUUUCGUGCUGCGGAGGAAGGAGGGAGCUCGUUCCCCACCCUGAUGGCUGGGGGGCCCGGGCUUGGACCUUUCCGAGGCCGGGAGAGAGCCUGGGCCGUCCCGCGGGGGUGUCUGGCCGGGCUAAGGCACCGAUCCCAACAUGAUCCCUGGUGUCCCCGGA